AUGGGCUCUAUAACCACUACCAGCAACGUCGCUGCCGAUGCAUAUUCUGUCCCAUCGGCCGCAGACAAGGUAUUUGAAGACGGCAUCAUCUCAAAUCCUCUCAUAGCCAAAGAUCUUCCGUCAGAGGUAAAAAAUAAAAACACCAAAAUUACCUUUACUGGAUCCGCGAGCCCAUCUCUGCCCGUCAACUGGAGACUUGCAGAAGCCGUGUCGUCUCUCAAGGCACUGGAAGCAGCCUUGGUGGACACAGUACUCCAGCGCCGUUACGGCCUGGAGCCUCACCAGGUCACCAUCAACACCGACCAUGCGAGCCUCUUCAUCUUUUCUACUCUCCUCUGGACCAUCGAUCCUGUUGCCGGAGGUGAAAACAUCAGCCCAAAUAGCCUCCGUGAGGCAAACAAGAACCUCUUCAAAUAUUUCCCCAACUGCGAUAAGCAUCGCAUGAACGCUUCCACACAUCGGAAUCUGAGCACAAACAUCUACAAAUGCGCAGACGGCCGCUACUUUCAAUCUCAUGGGUCUCUCAACCCGACGCCUACGCUGCUCAAUGUUGGCCUUCCAGCAGAAGCGGACAAAGACACGAAUAUCUAUGACGAUGCUGUGAAGCCAUUUAACGAAGCUUUUGGCAGCAUUGACAGCGAAGCCUUGCAACGAACUACAGAUGAGACGCGGCAAGCUGGCACCAUCUGCUACACCACCGAGGAAUUUCUCAACUCGGAGCAUGGAAAGGCCAAUGCACACGUCGGCCUCUGGGAGAUUCGCGAGACGGCAAACGAGUCGCAGCGUCCUUGCUGGUGGGAAACGCCGGCGUCUCAGUCAGGCAUAUCUCGACCUCUUGCUGGCAUCAAAAUCGUUGACCUGACGCGCAUCAUCGCCGGCCCAAGCAUCACUCGCAGCUUGGCCGAGCUCGGGGCCAGCGUGAUGCGCUGCACGGCACCUCAUUUACCUGAUGUUGUCUCUCUCCAGGCAGAUCUAAACUGGGGAAAAUGGAAUUGCAGCAUUGAUCUCCGAGAGGAGGGUGAUCGGGAGAAACUGAGGCUGCUUAUUCAAGAUGCCGAUGUAGUAGUGCAAGGAUAUCGUCCCGGUGCGCUUGACAAGUAUGGAUUUGGCGAAGACGACAUCAUCAAAAUGGCUGAGCAGCGAUCCAAGGGCAUAGUAUACGUGCGAGAGAACUCGUAUGGUUGGCAUGGGCCUUGGAAAGAUCGAAGCGGUUGGCAGCAGGUUGCCGAUGCGAACACCGGCCUUAGUUACUCCUUUGGACGAGCCAUGGGCCUUGAUGAGCCCGUCACGCCCAUCUUCCCGCACAGCGACUACUGCACCGGCGUUGCGGGCUCUUGCGCCGUCCUCCUCGCACUUUUACGUCGCGCUGAAAAAGGCGGUUCUUAUAGCAUUGAUCUCUCCCUCAACUACUACAGCACAUGGCUUAUCCGAUCCGUGGGAACGUAUCCUCCCGAGGUUUUUGACAAACUCUGGGCUGAGCACGGCCGACCUGUCUAUCGGCACUGGCACAACAACGGCGUAUCGGCGCCUGAAACUGUAAAGAGGCUCAAAAGUGGCCCGGCGAGUGAGAGGAUACUUGUGCCGGAAUUCUUUGAAGAUCGUCGCUCGCCGAGUGUUUUAGGGGAAAAGAUGUUUCGCGCGGUGAAGGGAGUUGCGGAUUGGGGUGGUGUUGUUGACUUGCGAUAUAAUGUUGGAACAAGAGGCAAUGGGAUUGACGCGGCGAGAUGGCCGGAUGAUUUGGCACAGGAAGUGGUGCCAGAGCUGGAUUGA